AUGUCUAGUUCUAAUACUAAUAUUUUGCAGUAUAUCUUAAAAUGGCAACUAAUAAUCUUAUUCUUUAGUAUAGCAUUGAAAUUAUUAAAUAAAUAUUAUUUAGAAAAUGUUGUGUUUUAUAUACUAGAUUACCCAGGUGAUGAAGUAAAAGAAUUGUUAUGGUGGCAAAGGUGGACUACUAUGGAAAGACUUGGUUGGUCAAUUAUAGAUUACAUUGAGAAAAGACAAUUACAGUCAAAUAUAUAG